GCUCAGUCGGCUUACACACGCAGACACACGCAGUCAAUUAACAGACAAUUAAGUGAUCGCUGCUCUCCAGCAGGCUGGAAAACAACUGGAGUGAAAGGACCGUCCACUCGUGGAGGGCGCUCGCAAACAUGACCGAGGGUUGCGAGUUCGAGAUCGACGUAGAGAGCGUGGAGGCGGAGGCCGACGAGGCGAGCGAGCGAGUGGACGAGGACAACCAGCACGACGGCAGGGACGCUCUCGCCGCCAAGCCGGGCCCCGGAGGCCUGAGCCUGGGCGAGCAGCGCAAGUUGAGCCGCACGCCCAAGUGCGCUCGCUGUCGCAACCACGGCGUGGUGUCGUGCCUCAAGGGCCACAAACGCUUUUGCCGCUGGAGGGACUGCCAGUGCGCCAACUGCCUGCUGGUGGUGGAGAGGCAGCGGGUGAUGGCCGCGCAGGUGGCGCUCCGGAGGCAGCAAGCCACCGAGGACAAAAAAGGCCUGUCUGGGAAACAAAUUCCAGCGGAGAGGAGGCCCAUCUAUCAGCGACAUGUUCGUCCAUCAACUCUGCUGGCCAAAAGCAUCCUCGAAGGUUUCCGCCCGGUGCCGUCCGAUUCCUUCCUGGCCGCCAACCCGAGCCUGCCUCCGCCACUGAGUGACCGCAUGCGCAAGAGGCGGGCCUUCGCCGACAAGGAGCUGGAGAGCAUCAUGCUGGAGCGCGAGUACAAGGAGCGCGAACUUCUGGAGAACGGCCAGGCCUCCCCGCUCCUCUUCGCCAGCAACGUGGCGCACCAUGCCGUCGACUACAGCGCCUACAAGUCGGCGUACUCGCCCGAGGUGUCCCCCAAGGACAUGUGCCUGGGCCCGGCCUGUUUGGACGCGCCCGUGCCGUACGGCGCGGCCGCUAACAACGUGGAGCUGGUCUCGUCCAACGUGAGCGUGGCCGCCACGUACCGGCACUACCCAAGAGGGGGCUUUGUGGUGUGGCCCCGUGCUGCCGCUAACCUGGGGGACGCCCUGUUCUACCGCCAGUGCCUCUUCAACGCAACGGCGGUGCAGAAUAUGAAGCCCGGCGGUGCGCCGUGGGAGCCCAAGACCGCGCCCCCCGAGAGCCAGCCAGCGGAGCGGGACGUGGCCGACGCCGAGGCCUCGCGAGCCACCUUGUUGCAGGAUCCCCCAAAAUCUACCAUGAGAGAGAACUCUGCUUUCUACUCGCCAAAGAGGAACUUUGGACAAGCCUUCCCAGCUAAGGACGCAGCCAAGUUCUCACUGAAAGUCAACUCCACCUUUCACUCGCUCAUCCAACACUCGCUGGGUGACAAGGGCGGCGGCGGGGCGGCGCCCGAACUCCGGGGUGCACCGUACUGUAAGGAGUUCCUGCAGGAGGCGGCGCGCAAGCUCCGGGAAAGUUCCGGCAAGGACGCGCAGGCCGGCAAAAUGGCCGACAGGUGCGCCAAAGACUUUCUGUCCAAGCCGGGAGGGACCAAGAUGGCUGCCGGCGAGUCCCUGUCCUUCUCAGUGGAGGCCAUUUUGAAAAGACCCGCCAUGAGUCGAGCGUUUCAUUGAAAGACAAAUACACCCAAUUUUCUUUUAGAAAAAAAACUUUAGAUCCCAGACAAAUCAGCUCAAUCAACCUCCGUCGCUCGGAUUACUACUUUCCUGUCUGCCAAGGUUUUGGCGCCAACCUGUGGCAAUUUUGCACAUUCUGGAAAAAUGCAAAUGGAUGACUGAGAAUCGCAAACUCAAGAGUCGGCGGGGGUUCUCUGUAUGUAAAUAUGGUUUUUGGGUCCAAAAAGAACACUUUCUGGUUUUGUACAGUGUAUUAUAUAUUGUUUCCGCUUGUGCAUGUGAAAAAAAAAAAGUCAAAAGUAUUUAAACAAGUUGCUCAUGUCAAUAAACUUUGUAAGACUUU